GCAUGACACCUUGUCUUGAACAUGAAAUGCUGCUAUGCCCAUGUGUCUUUCCUGGUGGCGCCCUCUGGGCAUACGGUUUCAGGGCGUGGGCCCUGGGCUGCACAAGCUGGGGCUGGCGAAGGCCCUCGCAGCGCGAUCAUUGCCACCAUCGCGGGCUUGCAGCUGGUGCGUUUCACGUCGGCUGCGCGGUGCAAGCUCGUGGGUCGCAGCGCCCGCAGGGAUCUGGCUGGCGAUGCCGGAGGGUCCACUCCGGCCAACUGGCCCAAGCGUAAACGGCCUUUUGGGCAGCGGUCUCAGGUGCAGCAGAUCGACCAGGAGUUUAGAGCAAGGCGGCCACCUAAGGUGGAGCAAUCUCGCCCGGCUUUCAAGGCAAACAGGCGGUCACCUGAGGUGAAGCAGUCAGGCCCGAAAGUCGUCGGCGCAAAUCGGCAGUCGUCACCCGAGAAGGAGCGGGAUCAGUUCCUGGACAUGCAAGCAAAGAUACCGGUGGAGGUAAGCCCCCGUCCUGACAUCGAUGAGCUCGGAGAGUCAUGGGCCAGUGCUAAGCUGAGUUCGCAGCUUGCCUCGGCCUUGCACCAGCAAGGUCUCCAGCGGCCAACAGCGUCGCAGCGGUGGGCAGUGCCCCUACUACUUGCAGGCAAGGACCUGAUGGUAUGCUCCCAAACGGGCUCUGGAAAGACAGUGGCAUACCUCCUGCCACUGCUGGAAUCCCUCCUGCGCAAGCCAAACCUACCUGGAAAGGGCGGCCGGUUUUUGGCGAGCCCCGGAGCAGUUGUGAUCGCUCCCACCAGAGAGCUGGCUGCCCAGAUUGCAAGCGAGGCGGCAUGGCUGAUCAGAGGCACCCAGCUGUCUGUUGCCUGCGUCUUUGGUGGUGUGCCAUACCAGACGAGCAAGACUGAUCUGCGAGGGGGAGCCGAUUUGCUUGUUGCCACGCCCGGGCGCUUGGAGGAUGUGUGCCAACGCGGACAUGCCACUCUGCAGCAAGUCCGUUUGGUGGUGCUUGACGAGGCCGACCGUCUGCUGGAUCUCGGCUUCGAGGAUCAGAUUCGGCUGCUGCUGACAAGGCGCAUGCCGAAAGCUGAAAGCAGGCAGACGGCCAUGUUCAGUGCCACCUUUGGCACAGGGGUGCAGCAUUUGGCGGCCGAUUUUCUGGACGCCUAUACUUUUGUGGCCGUCGGGCGCGUAGGCAGCACAGCCAAGACGGUGGAGCAACGCUUGGUGUGGUCAGAGGAUGCCAACAAGCCGCAAGCGCUGCUUGGCACUUUGCUGGCUUUGGAUGCUCAGGGAUCUGGCAGUGCUAUUGUGUUUGUAAACACUAAGGAUGCAGCCAGGAUGGUAGAAGACAAAGUCAGGGCUUGGAAGUUCCGAUGCUUCUCCAUCCAUGGCGACAAGAAGCAGGAGGCGCGCGAGAAGGCCCUGCAACUCUUCCGGACCCACGUGGAGGGAACCUCCAAGUCCCUUACCGUGCUGGUUGCCACUGACGUGGCUGCCAGAGGUUUGGACAUUCCCAACAUCUCCUGCGUAGUGCACUACGACCUGCCGCGCCGCAUCGACGACUACGUGCACCGCACCGGGCGCACAGGCCGCGUGGGCCGCAGCGGCGUGGCGGUGGGCUUCGCCAACCUUGGCGCCAAGGCCGUGAGCGGCGACCUGGUGAGGUGCCUGGCAGAGGCGGGGGGAGAGGUGCCAUCGUGGCUCAUGGGCAUGGCCAUCUCCACCGGGGAGGCCUUCGAAGACCUCCGGCAGGCGGUGAGCAACGGCAGCCAGAAGUAUGGGGCCCAGGACGUCCGCCUUGAAGGAGCCGGGGUUCAGACCGCAGAGGAGCGUCGAGAGGCGCAGAAGCUGCGGAGCUUUGCGGCAGAUGCGUAUGAGUCCGAUGAAAAAGCCUUUGGAAGUGACAUGCCGACGUUCCAACCGAGCCCCCAGAAUCCAGAAGUAAAGCUGCUGUUUCAUAGGGGCGACGGCAAUGCCAUCCCUGACUUUGGCGAUAAUGCGUAA